AUGUGGGAAAUCCCGAAGAACAAGGCGAACUAUGUCCCGCUCACUCCACUUUCUUUCCUUCGACGUGUUGAGCGAGUCUAUCCCUCAUAUGAGAGCGUGAUCCAUGGGUCCAAGACCUUCACGUGGAAAGAGACAGCAGAGCGAUGCCGGAGACUGGCUUCAGCCCUUAGAAGGAGAGGAGUCGAGCCGGGUGACACUGUCUCUGUGAUUGCCACCAACACACCUGAGAUGAAGGAAUGCCAUUUCGGUGUGCCCAUGACAGGAGCUGUGUUGAACUGCAUCAACACAAGGUUGGAUCCUGCAGCGAUUGCUUUCAUCCUCGACCAUUCCGAGACAAGUUUCCUCAUCACUGAUACUGAGUUUGCCCCGAACGUGAAGGCAGCGUUGGAGAUGAUCAAGAGGAAGAUCUCGGUGAUCGACAUCUGUGAUUCGGAAGCGCCAAACUUCAACGUUCCCGCCAAUCGUCUGAGCGACACGGACUACGAGAAGUUGCUGACAGAGGGCUCGCCGGACGGGAACAUCGACGGGCCUCUCGACGAGUGGGAUGCCAUUGCGCUUGGAUACACUUCAGGAACAACAGGCGACCCUAAGGGCGUGGUGACACAUCACAGGGGAGCAUACCUCAACUCUCUCAGCAACAUCAUCGUGUGGGAUAUGGGACAUCAUUCCCGAUACCUGUGGACUCUUCCCAUGUUUCAUUGCAACGGCUGGUGCUUUCCUUGGACUCUCGCAGCAGUCGGGGGGACGUCGGUGUGCCUGAGAAAGGUCACAGCCGAGAACAUCUACAACUCUAUCGCUGACCAUGGAGUCGAUCGUCUCUGUGGCGCCCCGAUAGUUCUGAACACGAUCAUCAACGCUCCUCCUGAAAGUCGUCGUUCCUUCAAGCAUCAGGUCAAGGUGAUGACAGCUGCAGCUCCUCCUCCUCCGUCCACCCUGCAGAGAAUGCAGCAGCAAGGGUUCGAAGUCACUCACGUUUACGGGCUGACGGAAACAUACGGUCCUGCUGUCAUUUGCUCAUGGAAAGGAGAGUGGGAUGCGCUUCCCUUGGAGCAGCAGGCGAAGAUGCGAUCGAGACAAGGAGUUAAUUACCAUGUAUUGGAAGACCUUGAGGUUCUGGAUCCCGAGACUUUGCAACCUGUUCCUGCCGAUGGACAAACUCUUGGAGAAGUUAUGUUUCGCGGAAACGUCGUGAUGAAGGGAUAUCUUAAGAACCCCGCCACAACCAGCAAGGAUCUAAGAGGAGGAUGGUUCCACUCCGGGGACCUUGCAGUGAUGCACUCGGACGGCUACAUCGAGCUCAAGGAUCGCUCCAAAGAUGUGAUCAUAUCAGGAGGGGAGAACAUUUCUUCCAUCGAAGUUGAAGGCAUAAUGACGUCUCAUCCUGCUGUAGAGAUGGUGGCGGUGGUCGCGAGACCCGACGAGAAGUGGGGCGAGACACCAUGCGCGUUCGUGGAGCUGAAGAAAGGAUACGAUGCCUCGGUUGAGGAGGAUUUGAAGAAUUUCUGUCGUGAACACAUGGCACAUUUCAAGGUCCCCAAGACUUUCGUCUUCCAGGAAUUGCCGAAAACGUCCACGGGGAAGCUUCAGAAGUUUAAGCUCCGGGAACUCGCGAAGAACCUAUAG